UCGCGCAACGUAAACAAAUAAAGUAAACAAAAAGCAGUAAGUCUAGCAGGCAGUAAUAACAAAUGAGGCUUUCCGUGGACAAGGGCCGAUUGCGCCGCCCCCAUUUAAAAUGAAUCGUGCGCGUUAUCUACAGGUGGAAGCGUUGCAAAUAUCGGUGAGGAGCGAUUUUCGGGCUUAGUCUACAGGUGCCAUGGCGAGCGAUGCCAACCGGGAUAACGCCAAUGCCCCGCCGCUCGUGCCCUCGCGCAAAAGAAGGCCCCAGACUUGGUCAGAGUCCCAGAAGAAGGCCAAAAGAGACAGUGGCGAGGGCUGUGUCGACAGGUCUGGGGCUGUUGUGGAGGAGAAGAGGGUAGGCCCGGCGUGUACCUGUAAGAACAAGUGUUACGAAAAAGUUGGGGUGGAGAAUGUUAACUGUUUAUUUAAGGCUUACUGGGCAUUGAAGAACCAUGACCUUCAAUCACAGUAUAUUAAUGCCAGGGUGCACACAGAGGAAAUUGCAAGGCCUAAAGGGAAGGGAAGGGAAACUAGAAAGAAACAGGGAAGAACUUACACAGUAGUGGUUGAUAAUGUUCCUAUUAAUGUCUGUUUCAUUGCCUUUCUAAAUAUUCAUGCCAUUACUGACAAGCAAGUGCAAAAUAUGUUAGCCAAGGCCUCACUCUCCCCCAAUGCCACCCCUGCCACGGACCAACAUGGACACCAAGAACCCUCAAACGCAAUGGCCUCAAAGAUACCCGAGAUGGUUGAAGAGUUCUGCAAAGAAGUCACUACAUGCCAGUCCCAUUCCUCAAAGGCAAGAAGCUCAGGCAAGGUGUCCCUACCCCUAGGGUAUACCUGGACCAACCUUUAUGAAUUGUUCCAGGAUUACAUGGAGGAAGAAGGACUGGAUCGUAAUGCCGUUAUUCUCUCCCAGUUCAUAGCCAAAGUACAGGAUUACAAGAUAAGCAUCAGUGCCCCCAAAAGCAACACUUGCUCUACCUGCGACUCAUUUAGGAUACAGUUCGAAUCUCUGGAUCCUGUGGCUGACAAGGAAAAGAUUGCGUCUCCAACCCUCAAUAGUUCACACGCAGACCCAGUGUCAGUUGAUGAUACAGCCAGAUCAGCAUGUAAGACAGCUAGAACACCUUAUGCCACCAGGUCCAAGUCCAAAAGAAGGAAGGCUAAAAAUUCAGAGGAACUGGAGAAAGACCACGCAAGUGCUGAACAUAAAAAUGAACUGCAAGCCAAGAGGCUGAAAGGAGAUGAAUUUGCUGGCAGCAGUCCAUCAAGUGGAAUCUACACCUUUCCAGCAUGGGUCAAAGAAGAACCACCCGAUGAAACUCACACUCUGGAGCAUACAGAUGAUCAAGUGUUUAUCAAACAAGAAGUUAUAUAUAAAGAAGAGGUGUUUGGAGUUGAUGAGAAUGUUGAAAAUCAGGUAAUUUACCCUCUUCCUAACGGUGCCAGCAAUGAAUCAUCAGCAUCAACAUCUUUAGGAACUUUAGACUGUUCAGAGCUCCACAAGUGUCUGUUGAGGACAAAACCCAACAGCAUAAGCCACUUGAACCCUCCUCAUAUUCAACCAAACAGCACAGUGAAUUCACACAUCCUUGAAAAAAAGAAAGAAACCUUAGUACUGGAUGGUCUCCAGACAAAAAUGAGGAUGUCAAGGGACCUGUUAGAAAAUAUGUUACCUUCCAUAUAUAACCACAAAGUAAUUACAUGUGAUUAUAUGUCAGACAACAACAUUCCUGGGCUCAACUUAGAAAUUGAUAGUACAAUAACAACAAUGGAAGACAUCAAGUACUGGCUUCAAGAAUUUAGCGAGCGUACCUGCACAAGCUGGAAAUACAGCUACGGGAUGGGCUCACUCAACAGAUCAUGCAAAGUUAUGAUAGUCUGUAAUGGUAUAUUGAAAUCUAAAAGGGAAAGGGGUAAAGGAGAACAAAAUUGCAAAGCUUUCAUUCACAUCAGACUUAAUGAGGAGAAUGAUAAGAAAGAUAAGAAGAUUGGUGCCAUAGCAGAAGGCUUCUCUUCAAGAAUAACCCUGUCUUUUGUUCACAACCAUCCCGUAGUGUUGGAGGAAGCAUUAGAUUUCAAAAAUAUACGUCCAGAUGUCAUUGAGAAUUUUCGUUAUUAUUUCUGCGAGGGACACAGCCCAGCCAGUGCCUUUCAUUACCAUCAAACCAGGCUCUGGCUGAGAGACUUGGCUGCUGAGUCAUUGUAUGAUGAUUCUAUUAAUCCAAAGCUAAGGACAGUUAGAUACAUGUGGGAAUCAUGGAAAAGGGAUAAAAGACAAAAACCAUUUAGGACUAAAUCAAAUGGUAAUGUCAAGAAGUCUCUCAUUGAUGCUAUUAUUGAAAGACUACAAAAAUUGAAGCAUGAAAAGAAAGUAGAAUAUCUUAUAGUGAAAAACAUUCCAUGUAUAACUAUAGUUACUCCUAUGAUGAAACGUGCACACACUACACCAGAAGCAGGGUUAACAGUUUAUGUUGAUACUGUCAAUGGUGGACAUGAUAAAGGCAACAUAACAUAUGUGACCUGUGCCACAGCUACUGGAGUGUUACCUCUUGGUGUUGUCAUUACUGGCAAUGUAACAUGUGAUUACAGAAUUGCUUUCAAAAACCUAUCAAAACUGGUUGGACAGAAAGCAUUUGGAAGUCGUGGGGCACCAGUGAUUUUUAUUGUUGAUGGUUUUGAAUCUUGUAAAGAGGCUCUGAAGGACUGUUUUCCUGGAAGUCAGGUUUGGAUUUGUGCCUCUCAUCUUCUGCGAUUGGUAUGGGGGUGGCUCAGUGAAGUAUCAAAUGGUAUUAAAGAACAAGACAGAACAAUACUCAUAGGCCUUGUGAAAAAUAUUUUGUAUGCUCCAACACCUGAAUUGAGUAGUCUGGCAUACAAAAUGAUGUUAGCACACAGUAUAUUCAGACAGUAUAGUGUUUUCAAAACAUAUAUGGCAACAUUAUGGAAUAGGAGAGGAGAUAUUGGAUUAUUCUAUAAGUUGCCUAUACUCAACAAGGAAUUUAAUGACUUAUCAAAAAGAAUAUUUAGAGAUGCUAUCUUGAACAGAUGUCGGUCUUUUAGCUUAUUACUUCUCAUUGAUUUUGUGUGCAUUGCAGUUGAAGAGUGUUUCCAGCAGAGAGUAACAGAGUUUAUAGAAAACACUGCCUGUCAGCUUACUUUUUUAAGUUGUUUAGAUUCUAAAAGUUUUCCAGAAAUAAAGACCACAAAAUCAUAUUAUAAAGUAAAUAGUAUUUCAGAUCAGAAUAUAUGGCACACUGUGGAUCCAGAACCUUCAAUUUGCUCGUGUGAGUCUGGAAGAAUUGGGGGCUUCUGUGAACACCAGCGUGCAGUUUGGAAGAUAACGAGCAAGCAGCCUCUGGCAUUACCUGCUCUUGAUACAUCAGACAAGUUGAGGUUUGCCAAGGUUGCCUUUGGAGGAUUGGGUUAUGAAAGGUUUAAUAAGAUAAAGUUUGAUAUGGUGUUAAAGUUGUUAAAGGAAAAUUUAGCAAGGCUAGAAGGAAUUGCUAGUCAGAAUAUUACCAAUUCUUUUAUAGGAAAGAUGAAGAAGUUAAAUGAGGCUCUAGGUAAUAUCUCUAAUCUAGACGAACUAGGUAAAUUCUGUGAAUAUGCCGGGAACAUACAUCAACCAAAUGGUUUCCACACCCAUACAGAUGUUAUUCAGCCAGAAGUUGAUAUGCUUCAGCCUCAAAUCAGCAUAGAUCAGCCUCAGAAAAGCAUUGUUGAAGCUCAAACAAGUAUUGUACAGUCCCAGAGUGCAGUUACAGAGGGACUUAAUAACUGUCAAACCAGAAUUGUUCAACCAAGUGGGAUCAUUGAGUCCCAGUCAAGUGUAGGAGUUGGUCCAAUCCAGUUUUUUGUUGUUCAGUCAGUGAACAAAUGAAUCAGACCCCAUCAAAUAUGGAGGCUCUAGUAUACAGCAUUAGUACAGUACACAGGAUAAUUCAACCAAGAGACCAUGUAAAACACUAGUACAGAAUAUUUGCUCUAUAUAGUGUCUAUAUCGUUUUAUUGUUGUUGUUCCUGCUGUUAUUAUUGUUGUACUUCUCUUUAGAAAAUAAAUUGUGUUAGGAAGAUCACAUGAAGCUGUCUUGUGAUAUGUCUAUUUUUAUAAUAAGAUCUUUUUAUAA